AGUCCGCAACUCCGAGUUCAAACCUCAACGGCUGCCGGGAGGCCAAUCGCGAUGGAGGCUGGAGGAGUCGACCAAUCACAGCACCGGAGGCGGGGCAAACAGGCGAGGGUGUGGCCCCGGGUCUGUAUGCCUUCUCCGGCAUCUCUGCGGUAGUCGGCUAAGCAUGGUGACCUGAGGGUUGGGGAUUUAGCUCAGUAGUAGAGCGCUUGCCUAGGAAGCGCAAGGCCCUGGGUUCAGUCCCCAGCUCCGGAAAAAAAAAAAAAAAGAAUGGUGACCUGUUAUUUCUCUGCAGGCCGGGAGGCAGUGCCAUGCUUCCAAAGCCAGUCCAUUUUAGCCAUGUGACGCCCAGCCCUGUACACUCCGGGAAUAUAGUGCCUCAGCAAAAUUGCUGAGAGGAGCAAGGGGACCUUGCCGUAGCACCAGGCUCCCGUCCUCCACUUUCCUCACAGUCGAGGACGCCCAAGGAAAUAGGAGGAGGCUUAUUAUAACGGAAUUUCAUUUUGGGGGCAUCCUUUUCUGCGACAAGAAACAUACCACAGCAGCCCAGUACUUCCAGUAGAUAAACCGGAAGCAUUUGACUGGACGCGCCAGACAGGCCGGAACUUAAGGGGCGGGGCCUGUGGGAGUGCGGGCCAAGGCCGCUCAGCUCCCUAAGCUACCUGGGUAAGACCCAAGAUGGCGUCUCUCACUGUCACUGCUGUGUGAAUCCCGCCUGGGACUGUAACCUGUGUCUUGUCUUUGAAAUUCACACCUGCUCCCCAUUUUUCCGCCUGGUUUGCUGUCCCUACUGAGGUGGACAGCCUAGAGUAAUGGCAGGGAGUGUCCCUUGGGCGGCAAGUCGGAGACUAUGGGGCUCGAUGCUCUCGGCAUGCAGAAGCUUCUCUCUGGGCGUUCCACUAUUGGCCCGCGUAAGGCUUACUCUUCCACCUCCCAGAGUGAUUGAUCGCUGGAAUGAGAAGAGAGCUCUGUUUGGUGUAUACGACAACAUUGGAAUCCUGGGGGAUUUCGAAAAGCAUCCAAAAGAACUGAUCAAGGGCCCAGUAUGGCUUCGAGGCUGGAGAGGAAAUGAAUUGCAGCGUUGUAUCCGAAAGAAGAAAAUGGUGGGAAACAGAAUGUUCACUGAGGACCUGCACAACCUUAACAAACGGAUCAGCUAUCUCUACAAACACUUUAACCGACAUGGAAAGUACAGAUAGGACAGAACUGGAGAGACACAUUUAUCACCCCGAGAAGGGGAACAGGACUUAGCCCAGUAGGGAAAGAGCUUUUCGUGCUCUCUGUAAUAAAGCGGGGCCUCUUUGGAACCUGACAUGCAUAGUGCUACAUUUACUCACUCAUGCAUGCACACUGAAGUCUGUCUCACCCCUAGUUACAUGGUUUUCUGUUAAGGUGACUUCUUUUUUUUUUUUUUUUUUUUUUUUGGAGCUGGGGACUGAACCACGGAGCUAAAUCCCCAACCCCUAAGGUGACUUCUUUACAGCCCACGUAUCCUUUUGACCUUUCUAACAGUUAGAAUUGUUUAUUGCUGGCACUUUCAGACACUGGCUGUUCAUGUAUGUUUUUAAAGAUUUUUUUUCCUUUUCUUUUUUUUUUUUUUUUUUUUUUUGGUAAUCUUGGAGAUGAAACCCAGGGGCUUGCUCAUUCAAAGGAAGUGCUCUGCCACUACCUUCCUCAGCCCCUGGAAAUGUAGCUGUUGUUUCCAAAGACCCUGCCACACCAAAUUGAAGUGGGAAAGUGAAAUUACACUUUGUACUGCCGUCCUCUGAAUAAGUUAGGGAACUUCUCUGGGUAGAACAGCAUUUCUCAUUCUCUCGAGUAGAGCAGCAUUGUGGGGGAUGACCUUGAGCCACGCCCAGUUUUAUGAAGUGUUAAAGGUCACAGCCGGGAUUGCCUAUGUGCUAGGCAAUCAAAGCACCUGAGCACCUUCUCAUUUAAAAAAAAUUGAGGGAGUUGGGAGGGGCUCGGUCCCGCUAAAUAAUUCUGGCCUGGAGCUUAAGCUAAAACAGGCUGGUUUGUGCCUCUGUCUCCUGAGUGCUGAGAUAUUUUUAAUAGAAAUAUCAAAUGUCCUGUGAGAGUACACAUGGGGUAUAAAGCUGAAUUUGGGGUAUACACCAGAAUUUCCUCUGAAGGUACAAAAACUGAUCAGAAGAGAAGUGAGUCUUGGUCAUCAUGUGUGGUUUUAUUUUUAAUUUGCUUUCUAGAUACAAGGUCUCAUAUAACUCAGACUGGCCUGGAACUUAUUACGUAGCUGGGGCUAAAUUUGUAUUCAGGACCUCCUGUCUGCACCUCCUAAUGCUGGGAUUUCAGGUGUGUGCCACCAUGCUUGCUUUUUUUGUUUUAAGAAAAAAAUGUCGUUUAAUAAAGAU